UGCCCCCCACCUCCCUCCACCUUCACCAGGCGGACCUCUCUCUCAAUGCCCGCAAGUCGCUGCUGCUGCUCCCGGUGAAGAAAAAACAUAACCGAGGUUUAAGGGGUAUAGGCUGCUAAAGGAACGAGUGGACUAAAUCGCGGCUUUCUAUAGGGAGUGGACGAUGUAGAUAUAAUAAUUUCAGAUGUGUAUUCGUGGUCCAGGCCCUCCUCUGUGUGAAGUGGUACAGUCCCGUUAGUCGGAGCAGUCUGCAGUGAGUCCUGUUAGCAGCAGUAGCUCUACUUAGCGGACAGACACAGGGAAGGCAACAUGCGGAUAAAGUGCACUUUAGUGUGAAAACGGACUAUAUAAUGAACUUUUACCUGCUGGCUAUUGCACUGGGAGCAUUUGGUAAGUUUUAUUCCCUUCUCUUUAACGUGUCAUUUUUGGUAAUAUGCGCCAUAUUUACGACAGCAGAGCAACAGGUUGAUCCUAUAUAAACUCAGUGAUCAUAACGGGAAUCCACCGAACAAAGUGUGAGCCUCAAAUUCGAGCUUCAAAGCGAGGUUUUUCCAUCUUAAUUGAAUUUAUGAAAACAGUAAUAAAUUUGAAGGUAUGUAGUAUUAAACACUGUAUUAAUUCUUCAAAAUAAAAAGCUACUUUAACUCCUUAGAUAUGGACAUAGUUCCCUGGGGCAUAAACAAAACUUUGCCAAUGCAGGCCUGUCUGUUUCUGACAUUAUAGAAAGUUAAUUAAUUAAAACUUAUUAGGGCUGGGGUCUACUUGAGGUUACCAGAGAUCAUAAGACAAAGUACACAGGACUAUCUCGUGUAUGGACUGACAAAAUUGGAAGUGUACAGGUAAUAUUUGUACAUUUUCAAGCACAGAUCUGAAAGAUUUCCUGUUUAAAUAAUCAUACACAUGAAGCUUUAAGGCUGAUGUUUUAAUUAAUUGUCCUAAUAUUAUAUUAACUUUGUUGUAGUAAAGGUUAGGAAUAAAAAACUUAUCUAACACUACAUCUUUAUUAUGCUGUGUGAGAGGAUAAAUUACAUUUUUCCUUCCUAUUUUAUAUAGGCUGAAAACAAAUCUCAUUAGAAAUUUAACAAGGAGUUUUAUCAAAACAAAAAGAAAAAGGGAGUCACAGUAUCAUACCAUAACCAUACUAUUAGUCAUACGUUUAGGUCAACAUCAUUUUAAGUGUUGGGAAAAACCCUGUAAUCUAACCCCCUGACCAAUAAAGUCACGUCUUUUAUCAGAAACUUUCUGUGUGUUUCCUAAAAUUGCAUUGAAAUCUUUAUCAGAAGUAGGGGCUGUAUCCAGUCCUAUCAGGGUUAUAGUUUGCUGGGCUAUUGAGUCAAUGUGAAGGAAUGCAGCACACAGUAAAAGCAGGAAAUGUGACAGCUUUGGAGAGGAAAAGAAGCCCGACUGUGUUCAGGAAACAUGCAGCGUCCUGUAGCAGAACUUUGACCUGGAAAACAGCAGUGACCACACAUUAUUUUAAUACAAGACAGUCUAUCUGUUUGCAUGCAGGUGGAGGAGGAGUCUGUCUGUAUUCUGUGCAACCUGUUCAUUAAAAUACAGUGACUCACACCUGAUGCAGACUCCACAUAAACAAUAGUUAAAAGUCUUUUUUUAGCAUGUCCAUAGUUUCUCGAGAUUGUUUGUUUGCUCUCACCUCAAACUGAGGGCAUUCAUGGAGAAACGGUUUGGUUUAAAUCUAUUGGUCUGUUUCCAGCCAGCUGUAUGAAUGUGGAUGCUCUCAUUGGUUGGCGUUUUUUGACCUCCUCCCCCUCUUUUAACUCAGCCCUAACAAUGGACUGGUCCAUGAAAAAGGAGACAAAGGGAUAACCAGGGCUUCGUUGUGGGAGAAUCUCUAUCUCUCCUCCUUGUUUCUAUCCUGCAAACACAGCCCCAGACACACCUCAAACACUGCACUUAAAAUAAUUUCAGAUUACAUGUUGUUACUCAUCAGAGGAAUGGGAACAAACUGAUGAUGCUAACAUGACUGAUGGGAAUGUGUAUUUAUGACUAAAACUUAAGAUAUCCAUCAAAAUGUCCCAAUAUCUCAACUGACUCAUUUAAUUCCUCAUAUGAUAAAAAAAAUUCUAGUUCAAAACCAACAGCCCCCAGGUCUGCAAUUGUAAGAUUUGCACAUUUUUAUUGCAAAUUAAGUCUGUAUUUACUUUGGUUAUGGAUCAAAUAAAACUAAUUACCUUAAACAACCAUCUUUUUUUACCUUUGUCUGACUGUUUAUGCAUAAAUUAAUAAAUCAAUCAGUGAUAAAACCGUCGGAUUAUUUAAAAAUGGAGUAAUUGGUAUGUAAAGCCUUUUACUUUAUUUAUUUCGUUAAAUUGAUUAAAACUGUCUCACAGUUGUAGUCCUAAAGGUGGGCUGGAAGUAAGCACACUGGUGCUCGUAGAAGGAAACAAGGAAAUAUUUGAGAUAAAAACUAUAAACGCUCCUGAGGAAAAUCAAGCUGCAGGCUUUUGUGUUGAUUUCCUGUCUUCUGGUAAAUGUUUAGAGGGAGUUCCUGCCCCGCCUCGACUUAAUAUGACUUGCAGAAAGCACCCAUGACCACGUCUGUGCUCUCCAUCCCCUCCCUGUGUGAUGACAACCCCCUGCCUCUCUCCAGGCCUCCCCCACAUAACACACACACUCACACUUACAGGCACACAGGAAUUUGACCUCCUUGACCCCAGCACAGAGCAGCAGAGGAGCCCCCACACAACUUAUCUCUCUGUUCUUGUCUUUAAUAUGAUGCUGAAUAUCUCCCAGGUGUAGUCCUCCACACAGACAAAGAAGAGGCACAGCUGUUUCUCCACUGAUCAAGAUCUGCAUCCUUUUCCCGUCGUUUUGCUGUUUUCAAAGACAUCCAGUCGACCCUUAAUUUAGUUUAGUCAUCUGAAACGAAUGUAGUGAUGAACAGCACUCCCCCUAAAGUUUGUUAAGUAAACAAGGACCAUAAAGUAAAGUAAGCUAUAUAUUUUUCUGUCCAUUUUUUUCCAAUCUGACAUCUCUUCCUGUCUUGUCUGUCUUUGAUUUUUUUGUGUCAGCGUAUGUGUGUGAUGGCGUGCAUGUCACAGUACGGGAGAAGCGGCGCCUGGCGAUGCUCUUCCAGUCCGUCGUCCUCCCCUGUCAUUACCAGACGGCCUCUACACAGACCCCGGUGGUCCAGUGGUGGUACAAGUCCUACUGUCGAGACCGCACCAAAGAGUCCUUCACCCUGUCAGAGACUUUGGCUGUCCAGGCCUCAGAGUUGGGUGCCACGUCCCACCUGGAGUGCUCAGACAGCGGGCGCACCGUCAGGGUUGUGGCGUCGGCGCAGGGAGCCUCAAUGACACUGGCUGAGCAUUACAAAGGCAGAGACAUCGCCAUCAUAAACAGUAAUGCCGCAUUUCUUUAUUUCACAGUUAACAGGAAAGAGACGCUGCAGCUGUUUGACUGCUGCACUGCUGCAUCGUGUUUUCCUGUUCUCUAAAUAUACCUCCUUUGUCUUUACCUUACAAUAGAGGAGAGAAACACACACAAAAACAGCCCUCCACUCAUGAUCCAGAUCCCUGCUCCCACUCUUAUUCAUGUGUGACCUCUUGUAAAACCUCAAGUCUUAUCAGAACAAAACAGCUGUCCUCUAUUCAAAUACAUCACUCAGACACACCACAUCCAACAAUGUCCAUCUGAAGUCAUUGGAAACAGUAAAGCAAACACAAGAUGAACAGACACAGUAAUGAAUUCAUGGGGGUAAUCUUUGUAUCCAAUAUUUUUAUCAGAGCUAACACUAAAUAUUUAUUUCAGUAGCAGCUCCAUAUCAGCUGUGCUGAUGGUUUUACAUUAUCCAGAUGGAGGGACUUUUACGGGGUAGUUUGCUUGUGCCAGUUGCUACACUUUAAGAAACUUUUAACCUUUUAGAGAAAAAAUGUGAAUUUAAGUUUAUUUCAUAAACAUCGAAAUUCAGGUUUUAGCCAGUUUCUGAAUUAAGAGGCAGAGCUGAUUGUGAUUCCAAAGUAAUACACUUACUAUUUAUAAGUACUGUGUACAUCUUCACUUAAAAAACAAACAAACCAUCCCUUAGAAUUAAAAAACAACUUGCAGAUACUUCUCAGAGAGUUUCUGUUGAUUUUAAGGGGUCUGCACCUUCAGCGGUGCAGAGGUAUAUUAUUAAGUGGCAUUUAGCAGAGGAGACUUGGUAGAAGUGAGGUCAUAAUAUAUUAUACAAUGAUAUUGUGAAGUAGGUUUGAAUUAGUGUAUAAUUACUUGAAAGUUAAAAUACUUUUCUAUCAACUUAAAAUUAGCCUUUUAUUUACACAUAGGAGCAGGUCUCCUCAGAACUGUAAUUUCGACACACUGUACCUGUAACUUUUCAGUUUAUGUGUCACAAAGCAAGUCGAAUGAAGGCUGCUCCAGUCAGGAUAUAACUUCAGUACAUUUAUUUGAACUUUAGUUGGACCUAGAUAGGGAAAUAAUAGGUAUUCAAAUAGUUUUACUUUCAGCCAAUCAGAGCAAACUUCCAUUAAUGAGUGGUGGGGGUUUCUUUUUGGCUAAACUAACUAUGUGGUGAAGUCAGCCAUUGUUUAUGACUGACAUAACCCAGUUUACUCUGAAUAAUUUUACUAUUUGUGUAGUUUUUAAAUUUCAGGUCUUUGAAUAUCUGUUUGUAUAAAAUUCAUGGUAGACGAGGUGUUGAUGGUGUUUUAUUCAACUAAAUGCCUCAGUUUGUAUUAAAGUUUGCAUUUAAGUAAAGUAAAGUUCAGUAGUGCACUCAAUUGAAUUGAGUAUCACUUUACGGACACUGGUCAUGUUCUUGGACUUGCGCUCUUAACUUUUCAGGCGAUCAUUGUAUAGGUGCUAGUAUGAAAAGACGGUACACAAACCAAGCCCUGGUGUUCAAACAUAACUGUACAAUAGUGAAAGCUUCUCGAAACAGACACAGGGUUGUUAAAGUCACGUCUCUGUCAGCAUAAAUCCUUGUGUAUCCACAUUUAAACACUGUCCUUCUUUGAGAGCAUGAUGGACCCUUUGACCUCCCACCUCUUGCAGCACUAACAGCCUUGUCUCUCCUCUCUCUGUGCAGAAGCAGACCUGCGGAUCGGGGAGCUGCAGUGGGGGGACAGUGGAGUGUACUUCUGUAAAGUCGUCAUUGCUAAUGAUCUGGAGGGGAAGAAUGAAGCCCAAAUGGAGCUACUGGUGCUCGGUAUGACCACACUUCAUAUUUUCACCAAAGUCUCAAAUCAAACUUUUAGCUUGGUCAUGGUCAGGCUUGUUUUGUCUCAUUUUAAGCUCGGUGAGGCGUCUCUCUAUACGUUGUAAAAGUUUUAGAAAGAGUCUUUUUGUCUCUGCUCUCCAAGUGUUUUUUACAACCACAGCACCCAUGGAAACAGCCAUAUGUUGUUUGCCUCUUUACACAGGAAAGCCAGCAGCUCAUUUCACACUGAUGUUGACCUGACUGGACUUCACUGUUGGCAGCUUUAGAAGUGAUCGCACGUUCAGCUGUGCAGGAUUUGUGUGUUUUAUUUGUUGUUGUUUGGAUCAUCUCUCAGUGAAACAAGAUGUUCAUUCGGUACAAGAAGUUGAGGAAGCCUUUGUUGUCCAAGCCACCCCUUAAGCCGUUACCAUGGCAACCCAGAGGAGGCCAGGGUAUGUAAAGGGCUGCAGCUGGUAUAGACAAAAAAAAAGAGAGGGGAGUAAAAGAGUUAAAAGAUGAGAAUCAGGCUGAACUUUUACAGCAAUCCGAUCUGAAUCUUGACUCUGAAGUGUUUGGCUCUUUGAGUUAUGCAAACCUCGAUCUGGUUGUGGUUUGAAAAUCUGCUCCUUCGGCCUUCCUCUGCUGAGUACUAAUCUGAUUAUAGUCAGCUCACAGGACAGAGGAGGGGGGCUUAAACUCGGCAGAACAACAAGGCUGAAGUGAGUUUUGGAUUUAUGUUAUCUGGGAUUAGAAAUUGGAAAUAUGUCAAGGGUUUGGAUCUCACAUGCUGCCAUUUUUAAACUUGAACAAUCCCAAAGUCAGCAUUUUGGAUUGUUGACUUUUCUAACUUCUCUCUAAAACUCUAAAACUUUUGGUUAAGUAUGUAGCUACUGAAUGAUUAGCUUAGUCCAGCAAAGCAAUUAGGUCCCCGCUUUCGCCUUGUAAAAGAAACAACCAAGAUUAAGUUCAAGUUUAAUUUCUUCUCUGUGUAAAAUCAUGUGUACUCUACUUAAAACCUCCAGACAAAAUGUUUAUUCUAAUCUUACAGUUUCAGAUUAAAAACUCUAUGCUAAGCAGGGUUAACUGACUACAGUUUUACGUAGUCUGUAUAGAAAUGAGGCCUCAGUCUUCUCACCAACACUAAGCAACAGUGUAACUCCUCUGAAUUUCUGUGUGUUCCUUUCUGCAACAAGCUGUCUUCCACAAUCUUCCUCUUGAAAUUUGUCUUUUCAUUAAUUUCCCCUCUCAGCAGUCACUCCCUUCACUCUCCCUUUUGUAUUGCAAAAUCUUCCCUCGCACUCCUCCAGCCCUCUUCUUGCAUCUCUCACCGCCUCCCUCCCUCUUAGAGCUGCAUAACUCCCUGGAUCUCUCAGGUUACUCGGUGUUACUGAGCUUCAUGGUAUGUAGAUGAGUGUGCCAGGUCAGGGAACCAAGAUUACUUUUUAUCAGGUGGGGAGGUACGAUGUGUGUUUUUUUUUCCCCCCGUCCACAGUAACAGCCUACUCAGCAGUUUGUGGAGCCGGUGGGUGUUUAGUCUGUGCCUGCAGUCAGACAGAUCAGUGACUCCUAACUGUAAUUAUAGUCCUUACACCUCACUUUAAGUGUAAUGAAAACAUGAACACCUCCAGUUGUACCACACCUGCUGCCAGUCUUUGUAUCCCUCUGUGUGUUUCAGUGAAGUUCCUAACAGCUAGGAUGUUUAGUUUCACUUUGUUGAUCUGUUUAUCUCGUACAUAAAGCACAAAGACACAUUGUUUCACCGCCAUACAGCCUGUGUGACCUUUUUAUUACCAGUUCCCAUGGUAAAUUGCUGCCCCAGAAUUGUUCUGUGCCCCAGUUUCCAGAGUCCCCCCUUCUUUUUCUUCACACGCUGCCUGGCCGGGCAACAUCUCUGUAGUCGUGAGUUGCAACAUAAAGAGGUGUGGUACAGUUUGCCUCUCGCUAAAAUUAGAGUCAAAGUUAAGCGUGUUAUGAACUUUGACCUCAAAACCAAGAUGAUUCAUGUCCAUGUUCAGGAGUUCAUACUGUAUUUUAAACACAACAUUUUUUAAUGGCAUGAACUCUGGACAUCAAAACAGAUUCAUGUGAGGACAAGUGUUUACAGACAAGCUGGAAACUCCAUGAACUGAGCAUAAAGAUGGAAUUUUAGAAGCCAAAUGCUGUUACUGUUGUGUUAAGGAGUGCUUUCAAUGACCAAGCUGACUCCCCGACGUUUUGCAGGUACAUGUUUGAAUUGUUGUGCAAACAAGCUACAGCAGAAGCUAAAAUGAAUUUGAUAAAUUUUUCCUGUGUUUGGUUUGAAGGCCGUGUGGGCAACUUGAUCAUAGGAAAUGAAAAAAUUAAAGCUCUCAUGAGGAAGCUUUGGUUUGUGUUGAUUUUGGUGCCCCCUGUGGACAGAGGUAUAUAUCUUUUUUCUUUGCUGAUUUUUGUCAUCGACGUGCCAAAGGGCUGUGUCUUCACCAUGUUGUUGGCCCUGGUCAGACACCUUCCCCUCUUACAGCUGUUACAGGGAUUCAGAAUUACAAUUAUACUAAUGCUCAGGUUUGUCUCUUGGUUUGGUGUCUUUCAUAACAUCAUGUGAAAUGAUAAAUUUCCAAAUCCAACCAUUGAGGUUAAUUUAUUCAUACCUGCUGUGUACUCAGCGAGAUGGCAGUAAAAUGCUCAAUCAGUGCAUGACUGUGAAAUAUCCACUCUGCUACCAGAUUCUCUAAUUUGCCUGACCUUUAACUUUUGGACUCACGCUUCCUGCUUCCCCUGCCGGCCUUCACCUGUGCUCUCCCUCUCUCUGCAGGCCGGACAGGUCAGCCGGACGAUCUGCUACCUGAGUUUGAUGUGGAGAUAAUGCCAGGUAUGGCCCUUCACCUGCACUCUGUCUCACUGCCUGGCAUCUUCUGGCUUCUUCACGUUUAAUUUUCUCUGACCAAUCAAAACUUUCCUUGACUAACAAGUAGGGAUGCUCAGCAUUGAGUUUUGCAAACAAAUGACAUGCUGAUAUUGUCAAUCUUAUUUUGACUGAUACAUAGAUAGACACACACACCUUUAUUUCAGAGUAAAGAACACAGAAUCUCUGUUUUACUACAGCUGAUCUGUUCUUGACAGUCUGUUUGUUUUAGAUACUGACAUCAAACUCGUUCUACCAGAACUGAUAAGUAGAUUCUUUGUUACCUUAUCUGUCACACAUAUCUGCAGAAUUUGGCACACUAAUAGUUAACUUUUCAAGCUAUAAUCCGCCAACGCUGAUAUUACGUGGCUUAAUAUUUGCAUGCAGGUGUCAUCAAAAGCCUGAAACAGCACAAAGAUAGAGAAACUCUUUGUAAGCUUGUAGCUCUUGUCUCUUCCUUCCUGCUGAUGACUUAAAUUCUUCAGGGGAUUUACAGUAUGUCGCCACAGUUAAUGGUUUUGAGUGUAUUUUAGUCUUUGGCACACCCUGAGGAAGUGUGUUGUUAGGGUUUGGAUGCUUUAGAGAUGUGAUGAGGGAUAGGAGAGAUUCGUAGUUCCCUAGAGCUCAUCUGAGGUUUCUUUUUGAAAGGCUCUGUGGUCUCUGACGGCAUCUUUAAAGGGAGGCAGAAAUAUUCCCAUACCUUCAUGAAAGUGAAGGUCUCAUUAUUGUACUUUUAACCUUUGUUUUUUAUUAUUUUAUUACUAAUCGAGCAGCCAAUGCAAAACAUAGGAUGAACAGCUUUAACCCCUUUAUAAGUGAAUCCAAAAGUAACUAGAGCUUAUCACUAAAGAGACACAUACAAUCGCACAAAAACAGCUGUCACCAAGUCAGAGUAGUUUGUUAAAAUUGUUUUUCUAGACACCAAGUGAAAUAAAAUACACAAUUUUUAAGGUGUUUCUGGGAUGCUAGGUCUCAGGGGAAUGACCAGUAUACUAGUUUUCAGGACUGUCAAAUACACAAGCACUUGAAAUAUACGCAAAAUCACAAACAUAAAAAGACCUCAAUCAGUUUUAUUCCUACAGUUGCUCGUUCAUAACAAAGAUCUGGAUCAGGUCCAGAGGUGCUAUUUUUAUGCAUCUGUGCACAUGAUCAUGAAAAUGGGGCCAGUUUGUCUGUAAAUGUGCUCACCAACAGUCACAAAUCUGACAAACUCUGAAAAAACAAACUCAGAAUAACUUACUUUAAUUCACAUGGAUAUUUACAGUCUGAUCCCCAGCGUGUCUAUCAUGUUUUGCUGGUUUUAUAUGGGAAAAUAUCAAGUCUAGUCUUCACAUGUCAAAUGAUUGUGGCUCUAGGAGUGAGUGUUGACAUUAAACACAGAACAGUUUAUAUUUAAAAGACCAAACACAUCCAAAGCAAUCUAAUACAACACUCCAGCCUUUCAGAUAUCACACAUUGAUAGUUUUUUUGCAUUCUUAUCAUCAUCAAAACAGCCUUUUUAUAAACAAAUGGAAAAUUCAAUUUACAGUAUGUGUGUGUUUGUGUUUUUGUGUGUACAUUGCAGAGUGGGCGUUUGUUGGAUCGGUCGUCCUUGGGAGUGUUGUGUUCCUGCUCUUGUUGGGGAUCUGUUGGUGCCAGUGUUGUCCACACUCCUGCUGCUGCUACGUCAGCUGCUGCUGCUGUCCUGACACCUGCUGCUGCCCUCGACACUGUGAGAAAACAAAACACAACACAAAAAAAUCGGUUCAUUUCAUUUCAGGUUUUUUCUGUUCCUCAGUAGUACACAGUCUGAAGGGUGUGUUGUUCUCCUUCACAGUAUAUGAGGCAGGGAAAAUGGCAAAGAGGGGACCGUCUGCUCAGGUUCCGAUGUAUCCGUACUACAUUCCCGGUGUUCCCUCUGUGGUUCCCUCCGUGGUUCCCUCUGUAGUUCCCUCUGUGGUUCCUCUUGCUCCUUCAUCCCACAUGGAGCCGAAAAUUGCAGCUAUCCCCUCAGUGGAGAACAACAACCUGGCUGGAGGUGAGACUUCACAAAACAGUUCAGGAAAUGCUCAACAACCUAUUUUAUUUUGUUAAAAAGAAGUAAGUGGUUCUAGAGAGACCAUGUCUGGGUUUCCAGAGUAUGAUUUUUUUUCCCCUCUGGUGUUAUUCUUUAAAGUUUUACGGUAAAAAAGCUGCCAAAAUGUUAUUUAUGUGCAAAAGACAAUACUGAGUAAAAGAGAAAAUGUGAAGAUAUUUUUGGUCAAAUUUUUUACGUCACAAAAACUUGAUAUCAUUAUGAAAACAUUGACUGACUAACUCUCAAUUCAUCCGUCAUCCCUCAUGCUCUUGUCUCAAAAUAUCCUCAACAUGCAUGCUUAUUAUCUGUUACUAAUCUUAACGUUAUUGGGUCUGCUUAGUUUUUGCUUUACAAGGAAUGACAUGUUUAUUUAUGUGUUUGUUCUUGCAUGCACGGACGUGUCCAGAAGGGUGAUUACAGGGAUUACUUCUCCUUUAUCACCCCCAAAAAUCCAAAACUUUGAUAAGCUACUUGCUUAUUCAGAGGCAAAACCAACUAUUUGGUCACAGUGGCGCUAAAGUAUACAUGAUAAAUGUAGACAAAAGAGAUAAUGCUAACAAUUUGUGUCACCCCAGCAAUAUCUAGGGCUUCAGUUUCAUGACACCAGUCAAAAACAGUCUGGACACACUCCCUGCCUGCAUGGUCUUGUCCUUGUCUGUUUUUGUGCUUUAGUAUGUGUGUGUCCACAUCCACAGUGUGCAGUGGUUAUCGUCUGAAAACCAUUCCCAACCAGGAGCCAAUGAAAGUUCUGUACUACAUAGAGAAGGAGCUGGCUCAGCUUCCCUCUGUCAGGAUGGCUGCUCAUCAACGUAAGCCUGCACAGAUUAGGGCAGUUAUUGUAAUCUGUGUGGCGGUGUGUGUGUGUCUGUUUAAGUGUUGUCUUUUCUGUGCAUGGUUUGUGCCAAUUAAGUAGUGUUAGUUUCCAUCUAACCCCUGCAUCCAUUUCACGUAACAACUAACUGUCACCACAGAGAGGAGAGAUUUCUCAUACAGGACCUCAGGGAAAUGAAGCAGCUGUAAGUCUGCAGUUCCUUCUCAACUGAAAAACAUUAAAAAUAUAAGCAGAGUGAAUUUAACAGAAAUAAGAUGAAAAUCUGGGUAUUUUCAGCAGCUGUUGAAUACUUAUAUCAAAUAACAGCGAUUUGUCAACGCAUGUCAAGGUGUAACAUUGCUUUUUCUAACAAUCAUAUGUUGUUUUUGUCCUUUCUUUUAACUGUGAACAAUACAGUACAAAAGAAUCUCAAGGUUUGUUCUUGAAGUGGAAUCUGACAACAGUUUGAGGUGUCACGUGAAAUGUUUUGCCUUGCUUGUAAUUAUACAGUCAUAGUCACCCUCAAACCAGAAGGAUAGUGAUGUACUGUUAUUACCGUCUUAUACUAUUAAACACCUAAAGAGGACUUUAGUGGGCUGCAUCUAUAGCAGUGUUCCCCAGAGGGCAGCUACAGGAAACUUGAGCAGAAACUACCUUUAAGUUCUUUCAGUGAUGAAAACAGAGAAUGUGUGUCUGUCCAAACAGCUAGUAGCCUCUCUGAGCUGAGCUCCCUACACGACGGAGGGACAGCAGACUUCAGGCACACUUAUCAGACAGUCCAGAUGAAGGCGCUUCCACCAAUUGCAGACAUGGACAACCACACUGUGAUGAGAGCAGCUCCGCAUACACAGAGCCGAAGACACAGGCGGGACAGAAUCAACCAUUCAGAUGACGAGCUGGACAGAAGGUAUUCUAACAUGGGGCUUAAUGGGGGAUUGUAUUAUUUUGGAAGCUGCCCUCACAUGGCCACUGGAGGAACUGCAGGUUUGUAUCAUUCAGUCACGUUGGGUUGUUUUUCUCUCAAUCGUCUUCUCACCAACAAUUUUACCACAGUUCUGAUGUAUCAGCUCACCGAGUGCUUCAUUCUACAAUACAUAGAUGCAGUUAAUCCAGGAUAGUGUAGGUCUUCAACAGCACCACUGGCUCCAUAUCACACAAUUAAGUAUAUUCAUAUCCCCCCUCUUCACACACAAGGUCCACUAUCACAAAUCCACUCAGAUCUCUAAAAUAUUGUCUACCUUUUCUGGUUCCACAUCAUUUUCUUAUCCCCACCAUCCCAUUUAUAAAGGAUGAAGCCAUAUACCAAUCUUUUCAAAGCAGCUCUGUAAAUAAAAUGUGUAAUUUUAAGUAUGUGGUCCUCCUUGCUUUAGGUGGAACACUUCCUCGGAGCAUCUUCAGAGAAAGACACUGAGCAGAAGGGGGCGUACUGGUUCCCUGGAUGAGCUGGAGGAAUUUGCCCAAGCUUUUGGCUCUCGUGGCCGUCGAGCCGGGCCUGCUGACAGACUCUAUGAGCGGGAUUACAGCCCUCCCAGGCGUUUCUACAGAGAGGAAGAUGAUGGCUGGCGCCGUCGCAGUCCUUCACCUCUACCGCAGAAAAGAAGGGACACAUGGGACAGCGAUCGACCCUCUCGACCGCCCCAAAGCAAAGGGUAUGACAACGCCUUCCUCAACGAUGUGCUGGAGAGAAAGGCAAGGGGGCGGGGAGAGGACCGAGGUGGUGCCAGACCAGACGAGGACAGUGACACUCCCUCUAAAGGCAGCUCCAGAGGAAAGGGCAGUGACAGUUACUACAGUCGAUCACCGAGCAACCGUCCAGAGGAGGAGGACGGUUUACCUCCGUACUCUGAGUGGGAGGCUGAGAGGUAUCGCAGGGCUGAGCAGGCCACAGACCGGUACCGCACUGCAGAACCUCCACGCUCAGACCGAUAUAAGACCACUGAACCCGCCAUGAGGCCGUUUUCUUACACUCGCCCCAACCAGGGAAUGUCCCAAACUCUACAAGGGGGGAGGGAGGAUAGAGAGAGGAGCCGAAACCUGGUGAGUUACUUAUAGCAGGAAUAAGGACUUCCUCUCUCUGCAGCUCUUCAGGAAAGAGCCUCUUCAUUCUGUUCAUAGUUACAGGAUGAGUCCUUCCUUUUUCUAUACUUCACUCAUUAUCAACAGUUCCCACGAAAAGUCCAAAACAAGGAAAACUUAAGUGAUAAUGGUAUAACUAAAGUCAGAUUCAGCUGAUUCUGUGAUUGCCCAUAAACGAUCAUAAUAAAAAGCCAGAGUGCAACAUAAUGGAUGUCCUCACACAUCAGUAGGAUUAGACAUUUAUCACUACAUUACAAAACAUGUUGGAAAAAGGGAUAGAAAUGGAAAGUGCCCAGAGAGAGAGGAACCAGUUUCAGUGUCUUAACAUGCAUUCAGAUGCCUCAGUAGUCCCAAACAAACCUCGGUUAUUUGAGUCUCCAGGUCUGAUUGGAAAGCAAGUAAGUACUGAGAGAUGUUCUUGGUUUUUGCCAUCUUUGCGCGUUAUCAUUUGAAAAUGUUUAACAGUAUUUUGUACAUAAUCUGACUGUUUUUUGUGCAAUGUUAAUGCAAAAUCUGUGGUCUUAACACUGAAUCAGUAUAAUUUUUCACUAGUUUGAAUUAAUAUAGAAUGAUUAGUUUUGAAUUUCAUGUAAAACACAUUUAUGUUGUAAUUCCAGUACACGCUGUAUAAUCCAUGCACAUGCUUGUGGCUCUCACGGUGUUACCAAUGCUUACUUGCUGGCCUUCUAAAUAUGUUAAUCUCUCGUGAAUUACUAUCACACUCAUGAAUACUAACAUUGCUUGAGCUGCAUAAUUUCUUAAAGUGCCAUAAAACAGCAGGCUGCACUAACCUAACAUGAGCAUGAAUUCAAAGUCUCUAACGUGUGGCUCUCGGUGUAUUUCUUUAACAGAGCACUGCACUGAGCAGAGACUCUCUCAUAGUGUGACAAGGUUUCCCAGCAUCCAUCCUCUCAGCACUGCCAGUCUGCUCAUUUAAACCAUCCUGUUGCAACGCAGGAGAGGCUUUCUGUUCCUCCACAUGAAGUCUGAAAUGUCCCACUGAAAUAUUUGCAGCUGAAAUUUAUGUGCACAGCAGCAUGUGCAGUCUGUUAUGUUAAUACAGGGCGUUUUUGCUCACUUGCAUGAAUUAUAUCUGGCUAUUUAAGCAUGUGUAGUCUGCAGAUGUGUGUAUGCUGAUUGUGUGUCAGUUUCAGGAACUAAACUCGUAAAUCAGUGCCAUAAUUUUGUUUUUUGCCAACGUCAGACGGUCUUUUUAGCAUCUAACAGGAAACUACAGUCUUAAUUUCUCACUCAGUUGACUGCAACUCAGGUUUACUUUGUAUUUUUGUGUUUUUUAUACCAUUCUUUAUGUUUGUACUGUACCUUGACAUUGUUUGAAUUGCACUGCUUAAAAACUGUUUUAAUAAUAAAACAUGUAGGAAGUCUUUGCUGUCUUACAA